AUCUCCUUCCUCUCUCCUUCCAGUAUAUCCUUUUAGAUAUAAUAUCUUUUUCAUCAUCGUCUCCGGUCUACAGCCUGAUAUCCAACCUCAACGCCAUCCGAUACAGUUUCUGUUGUAUCUGCUGAAGAUCACUUCGAUGCCUCGACAGCUGGAUUCUCCACUCGUGCAAUCCAUCACCACAUACAAACAAGAUGCCAUAGGCGUUCACAAGGGAUUCGAAUACACUCGCUCUGACAACCCAAAUCGCCGUAGCUUCGAAGCUCAAAUCGAAGCAGGGGGUCAUACUGCCAUAGCAGUGGCUUCUGGGUCUAGUGCCACCGCGCUGCUUGUGACAGCUGCAGGUCCUAAUUCCCACAUUCUAUCCGUCAAUGAUGUUUAUGGCGGUACUGCCCGGUAUUUCACCCGGGUCGCAAAUGUCAUUCAAAACCUCGCUACUACUUUCAUCGACCUCGAAUCAGCUCGUGAUGCGAAGUAUAUGACGCCAUUCAAGAUAAUACAAAGCUAAUUUGGGUUGAAAGCCCAACUAAUCCCACGCUUCGCAUUAGUGACAUACCCCGAAUCGUUCGCAUCGCUAAUUCUCAUCCUUCUCGUCCACUCGUCAUAGUAGA